UCGCCAGCAACGACGUCAUCGUGAGACCGGCCUAUCCCCAGACAGUGCCGUGCUAAGUCGCGGGCACUGACGCUGCUGGCUGCUCUUCUAUUGGCAGCGACGGGGAUGAGAGAUGGCUACCGGCGGCCCGGCGAGAGCAGGCGAAGAGCCCGGGGAGGAGGAAGAAGAGGAGGAGGAGGCCGGCGAGGAAGAGGAGGAUGAGUACACCUUCUUACCGCUGGUGCACGACAUCAUCAAGUGCAUGGACAAAGACAGCCAGGAUGUUUACCAGGAGCUAAAUGAGCUGAAGAACAAGUUCCAGGUGAUGAGGAAGCAAAUCGGCAACAUGCCCGGGAUUGAUAUGAGUCCAGAGCAGCAGCAGCAGCUUCUCCAGAGCCUGCGAGGGCAGGUGCAGACUAAGAACCAGCUGUUGCAGAAGUACAAGGGUCUCUGCAUGUUCGAGAUCCCCAAGGACUAGACUGCUGGACACAGUUGUUAACAUGAGUCAAGCGGCGGUGUCAGCAGUCACUGCCGAUCCAUCGCGCUCUCUGUCUGGAACAGGUGCUGUCAUUUAGGAGAACAGCAGAUCAUAGAGUACAGCUCCUCCGGGUGCGAGGUCUCAACUCACAGCGUACCGCCAGGGCUUAACCCCUCAACAGAGAAUAAAUCUGCAAACUGAGACGCAGCCCAUUGCACCGAUAGCAGAGCAUUGCAGAACUAUUGGGCUGAACCUGCAGCGUAUGAACACUGUCCUAUUUAUAUUUUGUAUGUAUGUAUUGUUUCAAAGUACACAGGGCAAAGUGCCUGUAAACUUGUGCUCAGUGUGUCUCAAGCUUUGGAUGUUUCAUGCUGUGAUCUAAACCAUCAUUAAGUCAUCUCUCAUAUGAGGUAAUUAAUGGGUGUUGUACAUCGAUGGAGGUAAUUUUCCCUUAUGGAUCUAAAUGUGACAACGUAGACUGCCUGCUGUAUCUGAGAUAUCUUCAGUAAGGAUCUUUACACACUGAAGCAGCUAUACUGACAGAAAGGCUGGUAGUUCUGGAUAUAUUUUCAGUCAGUUGUGUUCCACUUUAAGGGCUGACAUUAAGCUAGACAAAGUGUAGGUGGCCAUUUUGCGGCCUUUAUACAUAAAUAUAUUAUGAGCAUUCAGCCAAUCCUAUCACUAGGAAACAUCACUAAGGCACAGUGUGACUACUUUUCAUGAAGGCGACCAUUAAUCCUAAACUCGCGCCAAUAUCCGUCGAGCCCAAGCAAUGGCCGUCUCUGCCAUCUUCUCUUACAGGGUACACCUAUAGACAUUGAAGCCGUAGCAGCAGAAGCUAAUGGGAGGUGUCGCUUUAAUUUCUGUUUGGCACUCUUACCAGUUGGCCUAGCCCUAUUUGUUAAGACGUCAAUGGCUACGUUAAUCAAGCAUUAGUUGUAUAUAAUUUACAUGUCUUGGAAUGAAAGUUCUUGGAAGAAAUAGUACAGAUAGCAGAAGAGCAGUGACCAGUGUCAUUAUAAUGCAGUGAGGUAACAUCGCUGUGUCUCGGGUUGAGCAGAGAGCCCAGGGUGGUUGGGUUCGGGCAAAGAGAUGACUAAUCUGCAGCUCUGGAACUACACUAUGGACCCGAGACGUACGCCAUUAGUCAGUGUGCAUUGUUUGUAGCACUCAGUGUCUUGCAAUGAGUGCUUAAUGGCUCAGUGACGAGAGCGGAAAGUUGCAUUGAGGGGGCCCUGUGGUGGGGGGGUGUAUAUCUAGAACAUCAAAUACCUCUCUAAAUGUAGUUUCCAUCUCACAGUAAUUCAUGGGCAGCGUGUGUAGUAUUCAGUGAUAUUCAGCUUUGUAUUCUUCCUCUCCCACUCACAAUUGACCUCCACCAAAGGGUGGGGUAAGCAUAUUUAUAUCCGUUGUUUACUGUUAUUAUCUGUUCCAGCUGCUUCAAAGUCACCUUUAUUCAAUUCACCCAUCUCUACAUUUGUGGCUUCGCCCAUAGUAAAAAUUAAUUCUCAAUGGGAUAUACAGCAGCCAGUGGCCACAUGCAUAAUUUUCACCCUGCAUAAUCCACUCGGGAUCCGGAUUGAAAGUCGACAAUGUCUAGGUCGACCACUAUUGGUCGACAGUAACUAGGUCGACAGGGUGUCUAGGUCGACAGGUCAAAAGGUCGACAUGAGUUUUUCACAAUUUUUUUCUUUAUUUGAACCUUUUCAUACUUAACAAUCCACGUGGGCUACGAUUGGAACGGUAAUCUGUGCCAAGCGGUAGCGGAGCGAAGGCACCAUGCCCGAAGCAUGGCGAGCGAAGCGGUGCACUAAUUGAGGUUCCCGGUCACUCUACCAAGAAAACGACACCAAAAUAACAUUAAAAACUCAUGUCGACCUAAAGACCCUCUCGACCUAGACGCCCUGUCGACCUAGUUACUGUCGACCAAUAGUGGUCGACCUAGUUACUGUCGACUUUCAAUACCACACCCAUCCACUCUAGGUUUGAUUUUUUUUUUUACUUUUGUAAAUCAUGUUCCAGGGCACGUGUUGCACGGCGGAGGGGAAAGGGCCUGUAGACUUGAUACAAUGCAGUUCGAUUCACUAUAAAGAGGGAACUAGGAACAUUUGCACGUCUAAGGCGUAAAUGUAAUACCCUGCGCUUGCAAGCUCUGGCGAGUUUCCGGCAAAUCUGCCCAAAGUUUUCAAGGGGCGAUCAUUUAAAAGGCAAAACCAAGCUUAUUUUGCCUUUUAAUCUUUUUCCCCUUUAAAACUUUGGGCAGAUUGGCCGGAAUGUCGCCAGUGCCUGCAAGUAACAGGCUGUUCCAUUUACCCCUAUGUGUUUGAACAUUCCCAUGCAGAAUCACCCAGGUUGUUUUAAAUUGUCCGGCGGUUCUUUCAUAAGCCAUGUUCGUGCUGCGUGUUUGACGUGUAAGCUUACAGGCAGAAAGUCUUCUGAGCAUAGGAGAAAAAUAACCGUAACCAUUUAACCAACACUGCCAUUGUGAUUUGUGAAUGUGGCAUUUCAGGAUGAGCUGUCCUGUGUGCUGUAUGUAUGCCCAUAUGCGGGGGGGCAUAGAAAAAAACACAACCCCCCUCUGCCAACCUCACAUCCUCAUGUCCUAUACCUUUAAUGCUGAGAGACCUCUGUGUAUUCAUUGUUACUGGUGUAAAAUAAAUUAAAGAUGGUUAUUGUGUCAA